AGUCUACUAAUUUAUUAUGCUUACAUCAAAAACAAAACACAUCACAUUGCAAAGCUAGCAGACAGUGUGAUUCUAUAGCAAGUAAGUGGCCCUCUACAUGGUGGAAGAAGAUGAAGUUAUGCAAAACUUGCUUGACAUUUCUUCAUCAUUGUACUAGGAUAAAUGUUCCUAUGCGUGCGAUCUCUGGAUUCUCUUCAAAGACCUAUGAUGAUUGGAACAAAGCCGUUUCGGAUGCGGAGAAAAUUGUUGGCUACCCAACCUCGUACAUGAGUCUACGCUGUUUGAUUAGCGACGAGUUUUCCAAUGUGGCCAUGCAUUUAAGAAAGUUAGUGGGCACACGUCACCCACUGCUGAAAACUGCAAGAGGAUUGUUAUAUGAUGGCAAACAAAGUACACAAACAAGGGGGUUGAUUGUCCUUCUCAUUGCCAAAGCAGCAGGGCCAGGGCCGUCUGAACUGAGUAAAACCAGGGAGCCUGACAAAGUCAGCGGAAUAUACUCCAGCCAGAGGUCCCUUGCAGAGGCCACAGAAAUGAUCCACACGGCUAACCUGAUACAUAAGGGAGUGGUCAAUCUCGCAGAGUUCUCCGACAGUGAAGACAGAGAGAAGAAUGACAUGGAAUUCGGAAACAAAAUGGCCGUGCUGAGUGGAGAUUUUCUGCUGGCUAAUGCUUGUACAGAACUGGCCAGUUUGAAUAACACAAAAGUUGUAGAAACAAUGUCGUUUGCCAUCACAGACCUAAUGGAAGCUGAGUUUACUGACCUCAGAGACUCCGGAGGGGAGUGUGUACUCAAGCGUGACAUACAGUUUUCUGACUGGAUAAGACAGACAUAUUUAUCGUCAGGGAGUCUGUUGGCGCGGGGUUGUCGAUCAGCUGUGGAACUUGCUGAUCACACAGAAGACCAGAAAGAGGCUGCAGCCUCAUUUGGAGAAAACAUGGCCUACUUACAACAGAUGAAGACUGAUCUGAAGCCCUUAUUUAGUAGAGACAAUGGUGGGGAUGAUUUCAGUGUAACCUCGGCCCCUGUUAUCAAGUAUCUGGAGCAGACACCAGAGGAAAGGGACAGAAUUACAGCUUUAUCGACCAAAGACGCUCAACAGGUGAGCAUUGAACAAAAAUAUGAUUACCAAGUCCAGGAAAAUGGAAACCCCCCUAAACACAGCUAUCAGCAUGCGGUUACAAUCCCUGAAACGUGCAACUUUACCUUUUUUCGUGCUCUCACCGUGCAUUCACUGUGCUCUCUCCGUCCACAGUUUUGCGUUCACCGAUCACGUUCACAAAGUAUUUGAUUCACUGUGUGUUCAGCGUUGUCAUUUGUCUAGCGUUAUCAUUUGUCUAGCGUUAUCAUUUGGAACACCAAAGUGAAAGGAUUGAUCUUGAUCGAGAGGCGAAAAUGAAAAAAGAACGCAUGCUUAAGAAUGGAAGGGAAUUUUCUUUUUAUAUCAGAAACUUGAUUGUUACAAUAUCAAGAGCAGAAUAAAUUAUUUCAUAUUGUU